CAAGCAAGAAGAUGACUGAAAAUCCGAACCCAUUCCAACCAUUGUUCCAAACAGUUGAAAGUUUCUAUAUCGCCAAUUUCGUCCGAAAGGUUAACCAUUCAUCACCCACCGAGAAACCCCCUCUCACCUUUCCUCCUCCGUCAAAACUAAACGCCGGUUCACCUGUCACCACUACCCAUCUUCUCGUCAAGAAGCCUGUUGCACCGGUGACUAAAGAAGAACUUGGAAGAGCAACUUGGACUUUUCUUCACACCCUUGCCGCCCAGUAUCCCGAACGUCCAACAAGGCAGCAAAAGAAGGAUGUAAAACAGCUGAUGUCAAUAUUAUCCCGAAUGUACCCUUGCAAUGAAUGUGCAGAUCAUUUCAAAGAAGUUUUAAGAGCAAACCCGGUACAAGCUGGAUCACAUGAAGAGUUUUCUCAAUGGCUGUGUCAUGUGCACAAUGUCAUUAACCGAAGCCUUGGCAAAGUGGCAUUCCCAUGUGAGCGAGUUGAUGCGAGGUGGGGCAAGCUUGAGUGCGAGCAGCGAGCCUGUGAUUUACAGGGAACUACAAUGAACUAUACUGAAUUCUGAAUCGAUACGACAUGUUAUAAGAAUUUACGAACUUCGUCAAAAAUCAAUUUAGCUCUCUCACGAAAAAUGCAUAAGUACUCAAACUUUCAAAUUGCAAAAGUUUUUCA